AUGGAUGAGGAGGACAUGGAUGCGUCGCUCGAAGGCGGCAUGUCCAAGCGGGCUAAAGCCCAGCGACAAAGAGUCCACAUCUCGGAAGAAUACGAGAAAAAGAUCGACCGUAUCGAGGACCGUCUGGCGGGUAUUGAAAAUGUUCUUGCUAGCCUAUCUACAAAGCUCGGGAACCUUGACCUUCAAAAGGAUUGGAAUGACAGCACGAGUCAGUCCCGAUCCAGUCGCGUUGGCGCCGCGAGAAGCCCAGGAAGUGGGCUAGCGGAUGCUCCCACGCCUGUACCUUUCGAAGGCGAGAGCUCUAUCAACAGUCAGUCUGACUAUGCUCGUGAGAUGCUCGCGCAAGCUAUUGGGAGCACACCUUCAAUUGGUGAAAAUAAAGAAGUCAAGAUGGCCCUUACCGCUCUAUCAGAGAUGGUGUCCCAGCAACAAAACACUUCGUCAGGUAAUGCGCCAAUCAAUCGCUCCCUUGCCGAAGUCGAUCCUACGCAGCUAGAAAGCCCGCCUUGGCCCGUGGUAUGCAAAGUGCUGGAUAAGGCAAUAAAGUAUCCGACCAUGGCCUUCGCUUUAGCGUUCCCGUACCUCCGGAUGGCUAACCUAAAGGAAAUCUCCGAAGACGCAUACCACAAUCCGGGAACAUGUAGUGCUGCUCGACGCGUACUUACCUACGGCGUUUUGGAGAACUUAUUCAACGAAUUCCGGACGUUCCCUCUAGCCAACAUGGACGUAUCCGAAUAUGCCUCCUACGCUGCUAUUUGCAAACGCCAAUCAGAUGUAGCCUUGAGUCAACUGGACAUAUUCCUGCCGGCAAGCUAUGAGAACAUAUUGGCCCUAGUAUUUGGUGCUGCACAGGCGAUUGAGAUGGGCAAGGCCUCCUUAUGUUGGAUCAUGACGUCGUGUGCAGCAAGCUUAUGUCAGAACUUGGGUUAUCACCGUAUCAACACCAUGGUCAACGACACUCCCGCAGAGAGGCAUUCGAAGAUACAAAUCUUUUGGAUGAUCUACAUGUUCGACAAAACUCUUUCGCUGCGUUUGGGUCGCUCCAGUGUUCUACAGGAUUGGGACAUCUCCUUGCCAUUUCUCGUUCCAAGUGAGCCGGGUGACAAAAAUCCUGAAGGAAACCACUUGUUGUCGUAUUGGAUCAAGGUUGCACGCGUGCAAGGGUCGACUUACGAAAAGCUCUUCUGCCCCGCUGCUUUCUUGAGGUCAACUGAAGAGCGUACACAAACCGCAAUCGAGCUUGUUCAAGCGAUGAACCAGGCUUGGUACGAGCGAGGCGAUGCAUCAGUUCUAAAACUCUCAAGACUAGAUGACGAUAUGAGCUUUGUCUCACAACGGCCGGAAGGGAUAGGCCGCAGUCCCAACGAGACACCUUGCCCUUCUCAAUACAAGCGAUACGUACACCGGACUACCAACAAGGAUGCCGACCCAGAUGAAUAUAUUUCAGGAUCUUUUGAACGUGCCCAAGAUAUCUUCUUCUAUUCUGAUGUUGUUAUGCACUACUCCAUAUGCGCACUCAUUCAACGUGCGGUAAGCCCUGGCAACAUGGCUUUCACUCAAGCUUGUCUUCAAUCAUCAAGAGAGGCUCUUGUAGCGCACAUGAGAGCAAAUGCACAAUUUAACAAGAAAGGUCAAGAAAGAUUAUGGUCAGGCUAUGUACACUGGUCCAUUCUUCAGGCACCUUUUACCCCUUUUAUCGUUAUCUUCUGUAAUGCCAUCCAAACAGCAGACACAUCCAAUCUCGAUGCCGAUCUCAACUCACUGUCGGAAUUCGUUGGGAGCCUCGAGUCCUGCCGCACCAUUUCCGAAGGAGCAGACAAGCUCUACAGGAUGUGCCAUCUCUUCUUACGGGUUGCCAGACUCUACAUAAUAGCCAAGACACAGGAUGCCGCCAAUCGAUCCCAGAAUUUUGCACAAAACAACCAAUCAGAUUAUUACGCUGCGGCGGAUAACACACAACUCGAUCUCAACGCCAUGUCACAGUUCGACCCCUAUCUGAGUGCGUUGGGCCUGAUGAACCCCGACCCUGGCUGGCCAAUGGAUGGCUACAGUGGCACCUCUCCCGGUAUGGACUUUGCGGAUGCCACUAACACUCCCGGUGCAAUGGGUGUCGGCUUUGGACAACCACGCGGAAACCACAACCCCAUGCAAGAUUGGUUCUCAGGUUCUCGGUAUCUUAUGAAUCUCAUGGAACCCGGCGACGACUUGCAGAUGCCGGAUAUGGACAUGUAA